GUUCAUCCAAAAGGUGAUGUUUUCGUGCGCAGUGUGCAGGCCAUUGUUUGCUCAAGAUGGUAGUGUGUUGUUUGAUGGGAAGAUAGGCAUCUUCCCAUAUACAGAGAUGGUGGCAGCCAAGAGAUCAAGUAAAAACAGAGUGGCAGGAACUCUAGAGCAAAAGUCAAUAGAGAGCAUCACAAAGGAUGUUGUUAGAGAGGGGUUCAUCAAGCAGCUUGUACCUGCCAUCAAGGCCAAGUGGCCCUCCUUUUACAGCAAGGAUAUCUUUAUACAACAAGAUAAUGCAAGACCACACAUUAGAAAUGAUGACUUAGAGUUUAGAGAGGUUGCAUCAAGUGAUGGUUUCAAUAUCAACAUAAUUCAUCAACCUCCAAACUCACCCGACACCAAUAUCAAUGACCUUGGUUGGUUUAGGGCAAUUCAAAGCCUACAACAGGAGACUGCAUGCUUCAAUGUGGAUGAUUUAGUAAAAGCAGUGGUAUCUUCUUUUGAAGAACUAGACCCUAUGACUUUGAAUUGUGUUUUUUUAAGCUUACAAGGUUGUAUGCUAGAGACUUUGAAGGUGAAGGGGCAGAAUUGCUACAAAUUACCCCAUAUGAAGAAAGGCUCGUUGAUUAGACAAGAUAGGCUGCCACUAUGUUUGGAUGUUCCACAACAACUUGUGAGUGAAAGCAUAGCACAUUUGGAAGAAAAAGGUGAAGUUGAAGGCAUUGAAGAACUUAAACAGAGAUUGGGAAUUCAUGAAGCAACAUUAGAUGGCAUUGAAUCACAGUUCAAUGCCCUAAUGUUACUUGACUAAUGACAAGGUACUCAAGUCUCUUUUUUUGUGGUUUUGUAAAUGUGUACAGCAACCUAUA